AUGUGUCUUCUCCCAGGCCUCGGCUUCCUCAUGCGUAUGCUUCACAGACGCAGGAAACAGUCGCCAAACGACCGCUCGACCAUCCCCCUAGAACCAAUUCCAAGGCUUGAUGAUUUGGAUUCCCUCGAAAAUGGGUUUCUAUACACCGCAAAACGAGAUUUAGAGGAACAUAAGGGUCGACACAUUCGUGAUCAGAUCAAAUUCCAUACCCAACACUGGCUGGACCACCCGUCAUCGUGA